GCUAGUGUAGAGUUCUUCCCCCCCCCCCCCCGGGGGCCAACGCUAGAGAGGACCGUGUACUUUUGACUUGAAACUAUCUUAUGUUUUCGUUAGUUAAAAUUGUUGGGGCAAUGAAUGUUGUUUUUUAAUGUCCCCAUUUAAAAGUUUUAAACACAGAUGGUUCCUACUGCUGUGAGUCACUUAAUAAAAUUUUUGCUUUAUCUGAUUUUAGCACAAGAUAGUUGCCGGUUGCUUUCUGUAUGUUAAGGCUGUUUAGGCAGGUAGUUGGGACCUAGGCUUCUCAAUUGGGUUGAUGAAUCAGAGGAGAAAUUGGCAUGAGAUUUUUAGGAGAUCCUUAAGGAAGUAUGCCAGGGCUCAAUUGCUUUCUAAAACGAAAAAACUACACGCCCGCAUCAUCAUGACAUUUGGUCUCUUUUCCUGUUCUUCCUCCAAGCUUUGGUCAAUUCUUGCCACAACUUAUGCGCAGUGCAAUCAUGCCUCAUAUGCACAUGAGCUGUUCACUAAAUUUCCUGAACCAAACUUGUUCUCAUGGAAUAUAAUGAUCAAGACGUAUAGUCAAAAGGGUCCCUAUGAUGCACUGAAACUGUUUGUUGAUAUGCUUGCUUCUGGUCAGAGUCAGCCUGACAAGUUUACAUAUCCAUUUGCCAUCAAGGCGUGUGGUGACUUGUCAUUGAUUGACGUGGGUAUUGGAAUACAUGGGCGGACUUUGAAAACUGGCUUUGAUUUGGACCAUUUUGUCCAGAACAAUCUGAUGGCAAUGUAUAUGAAUUGUGGGGAGAAAGAAGCAGCACAACUUGUUUUUGACUUGAUGCAGGAACGGACUGUGGUGUCUUGGAAUAUCAUGAUUAAUGGAUAUUUCCGAAAUUCCUGUGUGGAGGAAGCCUUGAUGGUUUAUAAAAAGAUGAAGGAUGGAGGUGUGGAGCCUGAUUGUGCAACAGUGGUUUCUGUAUUACCUGUUUGUGGUCAUUUGAAGAAUGUAGAGCUGGGAAAAGAGAUUCAUGCACUUGUACAGGAGAGGGGGUUUUGGGGGAAUAUAGCUGUGAGGAAUGCUAUGUUGGACAUGUAUGUUAAGUGUGGUCGAAUGGAAGAAGCAUGGUCGUUAGUGAAUAAGAUUAAUGAGAAGGAUGUGGUGACUUGGACGACCUUGAUAAAUGGUUAUGUUCUGAAUGGUGAUCCGAGAAGUGCUCUAAUGCUCGGUCACCUGAUGCAAUGUGAAGGAGUGAAACCCAAUUUAGUGAGUAUAGCUUCUCUUCUAUCAGCUUGUGCCAGUUCAGUUUCCUUGAACCAUGGUAAGUGCUUGCAUGCUUGGGCAAUAAGGCAUAAACUUGAGACUGAGGUUAUUGUGGAAACUGCCUUAAUUGAUAUGUAUGCAAAAUGCAAUCAUGUUAAACUCAGUUAUAAUGUGUUUAUGAAAACCUCAAAAAAGAGAACCGUCCCGUGGAAUGCGCUUCUAUCCGGGUUCAUACACAAUAGGCUUGCAAGAGAAGCGGUACAACUCUUCAAGCAGAUGUUACUGGAAGAAAUACCACCUAAUGAUGCAACCUUGGGCAGUCUUCUUCCCGCAUAUGCUAUACUCUCUGACCUCCAUCAGGCAAUGAACAUACAUGGUUACCUUAUACGAUCUGGAUUUCUUUACAGACUAGAGGUAUCAAGUAUUCUAGUUGAUAUAUACUCAAAGUGUGGAUCUUUGGAAUAUGCACACCAGAUUUUUGAUAUAGUCCCUCUAAUGGAUAAGGAUAUUGUUAUUUGGAGUGCAAUAAUUGCUGCUUAUGGAAAGCAUGGGCAUGGAGAAAUGGCCGUAUCACUAUUCUAUCAGAUGUUGCAAUCUGGCGUAAAACCAAAUCAAAUUACUUUCACCUGUGUUUUGCACGCUUGCAGCCAUGCGGGGAUUGUUGAUGAGGGUUUGAGCAUUUUCAAGUUGAUGCUCAAACAACACCAUAUUAUUCCUUGUACUGACCAUUAUACUUGCAUCAUUGAUCUUCUCGGUCGUGCAGGUCGACUCAAUGAUGCUUAUGAUCUUGUUGAAACAAUGCCUGAAACACCUAACCAUGCUGUAUGGGGUGCACUUCUUGGUGCUUGUGUGAUACAUGAGAAUGUUGAGCUGGGAGAGAUUGCUGCAAGGCGGCUUUUUGAGCUUGAGCCUGAAAAUACUGGAAAUUACGUAUUGUUGGCAAAACUUUAUGCUGCUGUAGGAAGAUGGAGUGACGCAGAGAAGGUUAGGCAUGUAGUAAAUCAUGAAGGAUUAAGAAAAGAACCUGCUCAUAGUUUGAUUGAGGUCAGAAAUAUGUAAAUUGGCAUGACUUUUGUAAAUUACACUGUCAGUUUGCAGUAUUCUCAGCUUCAUAC